CGUAGCUACUGCGCAUGACUCUGAUUUGCUCGCGUAAAGUAGGCCUGGCCUAAAUGUUUUCAUCCUUUUCGCUGCCGAAAAUGCGCUCGAUCGGCCGCCGAACGAAGCUAAAAAAUGUCUAAACUGCGAUAUAAAUAGCAUUACGCUAUCUGAAGGCGCAUAGUGAGAGUGUGUGGUUUUUGCGCGACCAGAACGAGCUUCCGCUACGCCUCGAGAGUCAUAAGGCCCGCUGACCCAUAUUCGCGGGAGCGCUCGAGGAAGUGCGCGCAUGAAAUUCACCAUUGCAUUUCUUAUUAUUGCACCACCGUGACUAUUCAUCGCAGCGCUGCAUCGUGAUUCACUGACCGAAGGAACUCCGACCUGACCGAGCAUCUUUGUGGAUGUACGUUCACAUUGGCAGGUCCUCUUCACCAAUGUCUUCCCAACGUGUGAGGCCUUUUUUAUCGCCCGACUGAUCCAUGAGACCGAGUUAUCAUGAGCUCCAGAGACAGGGAUGAUGGCAGUAUUUUUGAUGGGCUCAUGGAGGAAGAUGAGAAAGAUAAGGCGAAACGAGUUUCGAGGAAUAAGUCGGAGAAGAAAAGGCGGGACCAGUUCAACGUCCUCAUUAAAGAACUUGGGACCAUGCUGCCUGGAAACACACGAAAGAUGGACAAGUCUACGAUUUUGCAAAAAAGCAUAGACUACCUGCGCAAGAACAAAGAAAACGCUGCACAAUCGGAAUCGAGUGACAUCAAGCAGGAUUGGAAACCUCCGUUUCUCAGCAAUGAGGAGUUUUCGCAGCUGAUGCUGGAGGCACUGGAUGGAUUCUUCCUCGUGAUGCUGACAGAUGGAUAUAUCAUUUACAUCUCAGAAAGCGUAACCUCUUUACUGGAGCAUCUUCCUUCGGACCUUAUGGAUCAGAACCUUCUAAACUUUCUUCCAGUGGUGGAUCAUGGAGAAGUGUAUAAAGCCCUUUCCUCACAACCAGACAUUGAAAACCUCAACUCUGAUUACCUCAAGUCCAAGAACCAGAUGGAGUUUUGUUGUCACAUGCUCAGAGGUUCUGUGGAUCCCAAGAAACCGCCUGUAUAUGAAUAUGUUAAGUUUAUCGGCAACUUUAAGUCACUUGUCAACAUGCCUCAAAAAACCCGUAAUGGCCUUGAGGGAAUUCUGCAGCAUUCGUUGCAGCCAGCCUUCGAUGAUCAACUCUGUUUUAUUGCGACUGUGCGGCUUGCAAAGCCCCAAUUCAUCAAAGAAAUGUGCAUGGUGGAGGAGCCCAAUGAAGAAUUCACAUCUCGACACAGUCUGGAGUGGAAGUUCCUUCUAUUAGAUCACAGAGCUCCACCUAUCAUUGGCUAUAUGCCGUUUGAGGUAUUGGGAACAUCAGGCUAUGACUAUUAUCAUGUAGAUGACCUGCAUUCACUGGCCAAAUGCCAUGAGCACUUAAUGCAGUUUGGAAAAGGGAAGUCGUGCUAUUAUCGCUUUUUAACCAAAGGACAACAGUGGAUUUGGCUCCAGACUAACUACUACAUCACAUACCACCAGUGGAACUCAAGGCCAGAGUUUAUUGUGUGCACACACACUGUUGUCAGUUAUGCUGAGGUGCGAGCAGAGAGGAGGAGAGAGAUGGGAAUAGAGGAAUCUCCUCCUGAACUCACAGCGGACAAGAUAUCUGGCUCUGAAACGCAGUUAAACAACAGUCUGAAGAAGGUACUAGAGCGUUUCAGUGACAGUCGCUCGCCCUCCACCUCCUCCAGGAGCUCACACAAGUCCUCACACACCGCCAUCUCUGAUAACACCUGCACAUCAACACCUUCAAAGCUGCAUAUGGAUGUGAGCAGUUCCCCUCGGCCUGCCACCGUGGAUAUGAUAUCACAGCGCCGCUCCUCUGUCAGCACACAGUCCAUGAGUUCCCAGAACACCACUCAGACUGACUCUCCAGUCCAAAUCAGCCAACAAACACAACAUCAACAACAACAACCUCAACAACCACAGCAGGUUCAGCCUAAUGCUUUGUUCUCAGCACAGCUGAAUGCGAUGCAGCACCUGAAGGAGCAGCUGGAGCAAAGAACACGCAUGAUAGAAGCCAACAUUCAAAAGCAGCAGGAGGAGCUGAGACAGAUUCAUGAGCAGCUGCAGAGAGUACAGGGACCUCAGAUGAUCCUGCAGCAGCCGGCUCAGGGUGGUGGGCCUAGUGUGCUGUUGCCACAAGUUGGAGGAGCACAGAACAACAUUUUAGGCAUUGGGACUCAGGCUAGCGUUGUAGCGAUACAGGGCCAAAAUGUGACAAGUACAGCGCACAGCGGAUCUGCUCCACAGCAGCAAACACUUCCACAGCAACAGACUCCUCGAUCCCUGCAGCAGAAUCUACAGAGCUCUUCUGUAACUCAGUGCGGUCCUGUGUAUAAUACCAUGAUGAUCAGCCAACCUGCCAAUGCCAAUGUUGUGCAGAUACCCAGCAAUCUGGCACCGAAAAUCAGUCAAGCCAAUGCAAUUAACAGGUUUCCAGCCGGGCAGCAGUUGGUCACAAAGAUUGUGACGGCUCCAAUGGCGUGUGGCGCAGUCAUGGUGCCCACGUCGAUGUUUAUGGGUCAGGUGGUGACCGCGUACAGUCCGUUUACACAACAACAGGGUCAGACGCAGACCAUAACACUGCAGACGCAGCCCACCGUGCCUGCAGACCAGCAGACUCAGGCUGCCACAUUACAGAGUCAACAGCAGGGGGCGACACAGCAGUCAACAAAACAGCAGCAACCCUUUUUACAGAGCACACGUCUUCUCCAUGGCAACCAGCCCACACAACUGAUCCUGCAGGCUUUCCCUAUUCAGCAGCAGAGCACAUUUACUCCAUCACAACAACAACAACAACAGCAGCAACUGAAACCACACACUCAGAAACCCCAGAAACAAACGGCCUCCUCUCAUCAGACGGACAGCGCUAGUGCCCAGUCUCAGUAACGUGAUUGGCCAAUCAUCGUCUCUUUAUUGGUGCUGUAAUAAUCCAAAAGCUCUUACUAUAAAAAGGGCAGCAUUUUUCAGAAAAGGAACUCCCUCAACGUGGCAGCUGCGUGGAACACAACACCGCCAGAUGGACACUGUGGCAACCGUGCGGAAACGCUUCACCCGACCGACAGGUGGUUGCCAAACUCAUUAUUUAUUUCAACAACAGUGCGCAUAGCAUUGCUAGCCUUUUGCAUGGUCUUUGCCAAACACAAACUCUCAAUCUUUUCUCAGUCUUUCGCUGUAAACAGCCUAAAGAACUGAGUCUGUCUGUACAGUCUUGUGUACCAUACCAUGUAAAUACACAACCGUAAAAGGAACAAAGCAAACUAUUGAAUAUUUUAUAAGCUGCAUGAAGUGUAAACUUUCAUUUGUACUUCCAUUUUUAAGUAUUAUGUUUUAACGUUUUUAUAUUAUGCGUAUAGUUGAAGCUUUUUUUCUUUUUAACUUCUCCCUUACUGUAGUCUUUUCAAAUAUGACUAGGAAUUCUCGUAGCUUUUGAGGCACUAGGUUUAUUUUAGCUAUAUUUUGUUUGGAAAUUGGUAAACCCCAAGUCUCUGGUGUACAAAAAAAAACUAAAUUAAUUUUAUUUCUAAAUAACUUAAGCUUUUGAUGCACAAUAAUAAAAUUUGACCAAUUUUAAGUGCCAAAAUUAAGAAAAACGGCUUCCAGUUUGUGUUGAAUGUUCAUUUAGCUUUUUAGCCGCGUCUUGGUAGUCUGCUAAAAAGUUUUGUGCACCUUUCCCCAUUACUUUAUAGCACUUAAUGUGUUUCGACACACUAAAAUAAGAGUCCAUCCUUCUAGUAAAUGUGACCUAAUGGUCUUUUAAGUUAGUUUGUGUGAGCCACGAAUAAGCUUUCGAAUCCUUGUUCUUAUGCGCUAUGCAAUAAGCCACACAUCCAAGGCAAAGCGUUUCUAUACGUCUGACCGAGGACGGUCCCAAGUAGGAACUUUAAAUCCCAUUUUCUGUAGAGUAACAAGUAUGUUGUCCUACUUUUAUUUCCAAAGUCUAACUGAAGCAGGGUUAUCGUGCAGCUGUAGAGUCUUAAAAGUUAAGAGUUGUCUUUGUGUGUGUGUGUGUGUGUGUUUGUGUGUGUAUGAGAGAGAGAAUUUCAAGUGCAGGUUAUUCUAUCAAUAACAGUAUGUAACUCUUCCAGUAUCGCUCUGCGGGUUGUUACUGUGCGUUUAAAACCCCAGCGAUGACCAAUCAGUUCUUGCGUUGCAGUAUCUCCGCAUUCUAGAUGUUUCCCCAUUGGCUUGUUAGCUAUAUACCUCAGAAAUGGUUUUAUAUAAGAAGUAUUCAAAGCUAUUUUAUUUUCAUAUGCCAAAAGACUCACUUCUGUGUUCAACAGUUUUGCUGUGUGUAUAGACCGGUAGCACUGUUUAAAGGCGGUAAA